GUACUUUUCUGUCAGCUUUUUCCUUCUUUACCUUGUUGUGUGUGUUCCCUAACCAAAAAAAAAAAAAUUGUUAGUCUUCUCCUUACCUCUCCUCCCCCCUUCCCCCUCCUUCAGCUCCUCAUUUCAUGGGCAGCCCUAUUAGGGCAAGAAUCGUCUUGGUGCCCAGAGGCUGCAAUCAGGACCGUUUUGGUCCGGGGCUUUCCAGGGCUUUUCACGCCCCAGCUCCGACGCGACCGAGCUUGCCGCUCUGCUCUCCAGAACCGGGGCAUUCCUGCAGGCGGGAGAUCUCUAUACUCCCCAGCUGCUCAGCAUCAAACGCAAGGUCAGAGGAGCGAGGGAAAGACAUCGGGCAGUUAAAGAAGCUCCGUUUGCUUAGUUUAGCUGCGGCGACGGUGACGGCUGCCUUGGAGCCGCCCGCACCGGUCGCUCCCGGGUACGCGGCGUGUCUCCUGCCUUCGGGCCGCGAGACACGUGCUUCAGCGGCCCGGAGGGCAGCGGAGGGUGCCAUCGCCAUAUCGAGUCCUCGUGGCCCCUCGGAAGUCUUUUUGACACAGCAAGCUCGCCUCAGUAAGAGUGGGAAGGAGGAUAAAAUGGCGACGGAACUCGAAAAGGCGCGAAAGCAGCCGGCGGCCAUUUUGAAGUCAUCGCAGCAGGCCCCUCCGAAGCCUUCCCUGCAGCAACAGGAGCAGGUUGAGGCUGAGGUGACUGAAUUGCUCAAGACUCCUACAACAGAUGCCCCGAUAGUUCAGCUGGUGUCAAACUCCUUGGUCCCUAGGGAUGGAGAAGUCACACUCAAAGACCCAGCAGAUAAAAAAGCUGAAUCAGCAUUUAAAAGAGCUCAUGAAAACUCAAUGCAUGCUACAAGGGCGGCGGCUGCAGCAUCCAUGGCAGCUAGGGCCUCCCUACUGUGGAUUGAUGGCCUUUUAAACGAUCCACCUGCUGACAACAUCAGAUUUAGACAGCAGCUCGUUAAAAUUCAGAAGGCACAAGCCUUUAUGGCGGAUGCCACUCUAGAUUCUGUAAGAUACUCAGCUAGAGUAGCUGCAGCCUCAGUUCUCGGCAGGCGCCACCUUUGGCUAAAAAAUUGGGCAGUGGAUAAUACUUCAAGAGCCAACCUGACCGCUGUGCCCUAUGAUGCCACUAAGUUGUUUGGGGAGGAGGCCCUCAAGGAUAUUUUAGUUGAGUCAGUGGACAAGCGCAGAACGAUGCCCACAACAACUAGGAAGGCGGAACGCCAACCUUUUAAAAAGAAUUACCAACAGUUUCAGAAUUUUCAGCCCUUUCGGCCCUCCCGGCCUUUUAGAGGCCGGUUCAGGGAUUUCAGACAGCAGAGGGGAACAUGGGGUCGGCAGCGAUUCCCUUACAGGGGUGCGGGCGGCUAUAGACAACAGGGCUCGCAGCCUAAACAAAAACCGCAACAAUGACUGCAAA